CGCUGGGGGCGGUCGCGCGCGCGACGGCUGCUAGGACGCCCCGCCCCACGCCUCCGGCUUGAAGGCUGCGCCGGGCCUACGUCAGCCGCGGGAAAUUCCCCUCCCGCCAGGCUGCCAGCCUCUCGGCCUGGCCGGCACUCGGUUCUCGUCCCGCUGCGCCCCCUGCCCCUGGCUCCCGCACGGUGGACAGGCGACGCUGGGUGACCCUGAGCGCAAGAAUUCAGGGGGUGGGAAGGUGUGAGCCGCAAACCCAGCGGAGGGCGGGAAGAAGGAGGAGGACCCUGGGGUGGUCGGGGUGCUGGGGGCCCCGCCGGCAGAGGUCCCUCGGCCUCCUGACUGACUGACUGACCACGGCCGCCUCUGGCCAGGACGCCGGGAACUGCCUGCGGGAAGGUGCGGGGAACGGAGCCAUGGCCUCCGGUGCGUAUAACCCGUAUAUAGAGAUAAUUGAACAACCCAGGCAGAGGGGAAUGCGUUUUAGAUACAAAUGUGAAGGGCGAUCAGCGGGCAGCAUUCCAGGGGAGCACAGCACAGACAACAACCGAACAUACCCUUCUAUCCAGAUUAUGAACUAUUAUGGAAAAGGAAAAGUGAGAAUUACAUUAGUAACAAAGAAUGACCCAUAUAAACCUCAUCCUCAUGAUUUAGUUGGAAAAGACUGCAGAGACGGCUACUAUGAAGCGGAAUUUGGACAAGAACGCAGACCUUUGUUUUUCCAAAAUCUGGGUAUUCGAUGUGUGAAGAAAAAAGAAGUAAAAGAAGCUAUUAUUUCAAGAAUAAAGGCAGGAAUCAAUCCAUUCAAUGUCCCUGAAAAACAGCUGAAUGAUAUUGAAGAUUGUGACCUCAAUGUGGUGAGACUAUGUUUUCAAGUUUUCCUCCCUGAUGAACAUGGUAAUUUGACGACUGCUCUUCCUCCUGUUGUCUCGAACCCAAUUUAUGAUAACCGUGCUCCAAAUACUGCAGAAUUAAGGAUUUGUCGUGUAAACAAGAAUUGUGGAAGUGUCAGAGGAGGAGAUGAAAUAUUUCUACUUUGCGACAAAGUUCAGAAAGAUGACAUAGAAGUUCGUUUUGUGUUGAAUGAUUGGGAAGCAAAAGGCAUCUUUUCACAAGCUGAUGUACACCGUCAAGUAGCCAUUGUUUUCAAAACUCCACCAUAUUGCAAAGCUAUCACAGAACCCGUAACAGUAAAAAUGCAGUUGCGGAGACCUUCUGAUCAGGAAGUUAGUGAAUCUAUGGAUUUUAGAUAUCUGCCAGAUGAAAAAGAUACUUAUGGCAAUAAAGCAAAGAAACAAAAGACAACUCUGCUUUUCCAGAAACUGUGCCAGGAUCAUGUUAAUUUUCCUGAGAGACCAAGACCUGGUCUCCUCGGUUCAAUUGGAGAAGGAAGAUACUUCAAAAAAGAACCAAACUUGUUUUCUCAUGAUGCAGUUGUGAGAGAAAUGCCUACAGGGGUUUCAAGUCAAGCAGAAUCCUACUAUCCCUCACCUGGGCCCAUCUCAAGUGGAUUGUCACAUCAUGCCUCAAUGACACCUCUUCCUUCUUCAAGCUGGUCAUCAGUGGCCCACCCCACCCCACGCUCAGGCAAUACAAACCCACUGAGUAGUUUUUCAACAGGGACACUUCCUUCUAAUUCGCAAGGUAUCCCUCCAUUCCUGAGAAUACCUAUUGGGAAUGAUUUAAAUGCUUCUAACGCUUGCAUUUAUAACAAUGCCGAUGACAUAGUUGGAAUGGAAGCGUCAUCCAUGCCACCAGCAGACUUAUAUGGUAUUUCUGAUCACAACAUGCUGUCUAAUUGUUCUGUGAAUAUGAUGACAACCAGCAAUGAUAGCAUGGAAGAGACGGAUAAUCCAAGACUUCUGAGCAUGAAUCUUGAAAACCCCUCAUGUAAUUCAGUGUUAGACCCAAGAGACUUGAGACAGCUCCAUCAGAUGUCCUCUUCCAGUAUGUCGACAGGUGCCAAUUCCAAUACUACUGUUUUUGUUUCACAAUCAGAUGCAUUUGAGGGAUCUGACUUCAAUUGUGCAGAUAACAGCAUGAUAAAUGAGUCGGGCCCAUCAAACAGUACUAAUCCAAACAGUCAUAGUUUUGUUCAAGAUAGUCAGUAUUCAGGUAUUGGCAGUAUGCAAAAUGAGCAAUUGAGUGACUCCUUUCCAUAUGAAUUUUUUCAAGUAUAACUUGCAAGAUUUAAAUCCUUUUAAAUCUUGAUACCACCUGUAUAGAUGCAGCAUUUUGUAUUUGUCUAACUGGGAACAUAAUACUGUAUUUAUACUGUAUAUAUAAUACUGACUGAGAAUAAUAAUACUGUAUUUGAGAAUAUAAAAAACUUUUUUCAGGGAAGAAGCAUACAACUUUGGACAUAGUGAAUACAAAAUUGGAAGCUGUCAUAAAAGGACAACUCAGAGGCCAGGUGCAGGACCUCACGCCUGUAAUCCUAGCACUUUGGGAGGCCGAGGCGGGUGGAUCACUUGAGACCAGGAAUUCGAGACCAGCCUGGCCAACAUGGUGAAACCCUGUCUCUACUAAAAAUACAAAAAUUAGCUGAGCAUGGUGGUACGGACCUGUACUGUCAGCUACUUGGGAGGCUGAGGCACAAUAAUUGCUUGAACCCAGGAAGCGGAGGUUGCAGUGAGCUGAGAUCACACCACCGCACUCAGAGUGAGACUCUGUCUCAAAAAAAAAAAAAAUGCUUUUUUAUAUUUCUUUUUAUAAUGUUUUAAUGUAUUCUUAAAUUUCAAGCAAAUUUAAGAUAAAACUUGUAAUGGCUAUGCCAUUGAAAAACUUAAUUUCUUAUUUUUGAGGCCCAUGGGCCAAGGUAACCCCUAAGGGGUUUUCUUAGGCUUCUUGGGGCUUCUUAGAUUUGUAUGUAUAUCAAAAUAUCUUUAAAAUGUUAAGUUGGGCAGAAGGCAGUUGAAGUGAGCUUUCAAGGUAUGGGAGGUUUUCUACAUUUUAUACUAUUUCAAUCUAUGCCUUAAAAGUUGCUUAUGAUUUUAGCUUUACACUCAUAUUUUUUAAGGGGAAGAAGUUUCCUUGGACCAUUCUCCUUUCUUAGAUGUUCUGACUCCCCGUGAUCUCAUAAAACUGCCUGUUUGACAUCUCUAUCUAGAAAUCUAAUUAAAGCUCACACUCAGCGUAUCUGAAACUGAAUUCUUGGUCUUCCCUCCCAAACUUGCUUCUCCUUCAGUCUUCCCCAACUCAGUAAAUGGCAAUGCCAUACUUCUAGUUGCUCAGGCCAAAAACCCUGAAGUCAUCCUUGAUUCUUCUUUUAGAUCCCAUAUCCAAUCCAUUAGCAAAUCUAGUAGACCCUACCUUCAUAAUAUAUCUAAAGCUGACCACUUCUUUUGAUCUCUACUAUUAACGCCCUAUUCCAAGCCACCAUCAUCUCUUUCCUGGAUUGAAGCUAUCAUCUACAAAAAUUCUCCUUAUAUCCUUGCAUCCCUACAGUCUGUUCCCCAUAAAGUAGCCAGAAUGAUUAUUUUUAAAACAAGUCAACUCCUACCAUUCGUCUGCUCAAAACCAUCCAGUGGCUUCUCAUCUCAGAGCAGUCAAAGUCCUUAAAAGUUGCAGGCCUAGACUCCCUGUCCUACUUCAGGUACUACCAUGUCCCACCUCAUCAUGCAGCUCCGGGCACCUUGGCCUCAGUGCUCCUCAAAGCAUCAAGUAUGCACAUGCCUUGGACUCUCUGUAUUCCCUCUGCCUUGAAUGUUCUUCUCCCAGAAAAAUGCAUAGUUCACUCUUUUACAUCCUUCAGGUGUCACUCCACUGUUACCUGAGCAGGUCUUCCUUGAAUAUAUACAUCAGCAUUUGCUGUCCCCCCUGCUUUAUGUAUGUCCAUAGCACUCACCAUGAUCUGACUUUACUAAGCAUUUAUUCAUUUACUGUUUGUUUUCCCAUACUGAAAUAUUAACUUUCUAAGGACAGAAAUUUUUGUGCUUUAUUGUUGAAUCUCCAAUUUGUAGAAAAAUGGCUACCUUAUAUUAAACACUCAGAAAAUAUUUACUGAACAUUAAAAGUAAUACUAAUAGAACUUUAGUUUUUGAAAGAAAUAGUAACUUUAAUUAUAAGUCGUAUAUGAUUUUUGCAGUUUUACUUAGUGUGACAUUGGGUUUAUAAGAAUCAUGUACAUUCAAGUCCAGGAAUAAUAAUGGUCAUCCAAAUUGUUCGAAAGGAAAAUAAUCCCAGUGGCAAAAUGAUGGUAGAAUUUGGGUAAUCUUUUUUUUCCUUUUAUGAAAGGAGAUUUUAUUGAAGGUAAAACAUCUGUUCAUUGAGAAUCUCUAAAUCCAUGUUUUGACAUUGUCAAGCUCACCAUAACUUCCAGAUUGAGUAACACUUAUAACACAUUUCCUUUUCAAAGUGCAAGAUUUUUAAAAGAGACUUGUCACAUAUUCAUUUGACUGGUCUCAAAUGGUGAGCUGAAUGCUGGGUAAUCUCUGCUGGCUCCUUCAUCAGAUUUAAAAUUCUCAGUGUUUCCUAGUUGUUUCUGCAUGCUUUAUUUGAGUUGUUGUAGCUGUAACAUGACACUUUAUUUGCCCUUUCUGUUUCCUAACUUUUGGUAAUUCUGGCAUUUAGAAACCUUUUACUUGUGCUUCAAAACAUAGUUAUAUUUUAGGAGUUUUCAUUUGAUAUGUAAUUAUUUAUUUUGCCCUUUUAUUUCUCAAAGACAUUGUAAGGGUUAAUUAGAUCAUUAUAUUUUAUUACAGAUUAAAGUUGGGCAGUAAUCUUAAUUGUGAUGGAAUUAUCAUUAUGCUAAGUAAUUAACUUAUUCAAGACCUAGUUUGUUACUACAACUAGAACCUGCCCUAAAUGUUGAAUGUCUUCCUAGCAAGGAGCAGUCUGUCAUUUUACUUACACGAUGUCUAACCAAACCAUAACUUUACAUGAAUUAGUUGUUUUGGUCAAAUUGAGGAAUGUAUGAAUGCCAUAAAAACAAAAAUUCUCAGUUAAAUGAUACUGGGAAAUAGGGAAGAGAGCAAGAUAAGGCUUGGGGUCAGGAUGGUUCAGGAAGGAAAAACAAAAAGAAUUAAAGAACCUAAGAGUACCAUUAAUAUUCCUCAGAAAUUAUUAUUUCAAAAGGAAAUAUUUCUGUAUUAUAAAUUUUUCAUGAGCAGCAGUUGUGAAAUCUCACAAGAAUCAUAGACUUCAGUAAAAAAGGUAGAAAAUAUUUUUUAUUUUUUAUUUAAAAAUAUAAAUUAAAAUAAAUUUUUAAAAUCAUAAGCACAUAAAUAGAACUUACCAGGGAGAAAGAAAAACCUGAAGGCACAAUUUCUUUUCUGUUCAAAAUAUGAACCCAGGAUGGCUCUAGAUGGUGAUGGAUAGGUGGUGAGGUUUUUGUUGUUUUUUUUUUAAUACAGAAUCUCAUAGUUUUGGAUUAAUUAGCACCAAUCAGUUUAAACACUGACUGUUAGAAUAGCUAUAUGGAUUUUUUUAAAACUAAAUAAGCUUUGGCUACUUAGUAUAAGUAAGUAUAAGCAGAAUUAAGGUUCUACUACACUGUGUUUAGAAUAUUCCCAAUGAAUUUUUCAUUUUUCAGGUGCUAUUUUUUGAUCAUAGACUUUAAUUUAAAAUGAAUUUGGCAACAUUUCUCCUCUAUCUCUACAUGUAUUUAUCCUUUCCCUUGCUCUUUUAACACCCACUUUUAGUUUCUAUGGCACUUUUCUGAACUCUACUUGUGCACUGGAUCCCUCCUCUCUCUCCCAGGCCGUGUUUAUCCUUACAUCACCACUUAGUGCUUCCUUUAUUUGUAUAAACAUGGUAAAUGUCUUCAUUAGCCUAAAAGGAAAGACCAAAUAAAACCUUUCCUACCACCUGGAUGCCUUUGCAUCCUGACUUCUGAAAUGCCUCCAGCUUCCGUUUUCUCCCUUCCCAGUUAUUCCUUAGCCCA